AUGGCUGAACGUUUAAGCUUUCUGAAAUCCGAUAGAGACAGUAUAUACUCCUUCGACUCAGUUAGUACAAAUGAGCGCUUGCUUGAUCGAUUAGAUUUUGACAAUGAAUCGGUGGUAUCUGUUGACUCAUACAAACCUUCCGCAGUUGGCUCUCGUGGAUUUCAUGAUGUAAGAAACAGACCCAAUCCGGCCAGAGGUCCAAAUAUUGGACCUAUCGCACAAAAAUUAGGACCGCCUCAUAGUUCAUCCCAGCCAAAUUGUUUCACACUUCCUCAGCAGCCAAUGAAUAGUCUAAAUGCAAUACGGAGGAUGAAAGAUUACGCAGCAUCUGGGGAUCUCAUGGGGGCUGAAUUGCGAGAUCCGGGGUUCAAUGAGAAACGAAACCCCUAUACGAAUGUCACCACUGCCAACAAGAAUGUGGCCAGCAGUCACGCCGUAGUCAGCGGGUCAAAUAAUGUUAAUGGCCGAAUGCAGGGCAUAUCUUCACAGUCUAGGGCCCAUGGGUCGCCAAAUACCAAUUACGUCCACCAAGGGGCCACAAACCUUGCCCACCUUAACACCAGUAGUCAGCGCUCCAUAAACGCAAGCUUUGGAAAUGUGUCAAACACCACACUACCUAUAUCCGAAAUGGAAUUACAAAAAACCAGUUCCAAGUUUGGAGGCCAAGAAGGGCCGUCAAUUUCAAGCGCCUCGUCUAUAAACUCAAGAUAUACCCCGAACUACGAUAAAUCACACCAGGUUCAUGCAGUAAAACCUGAUGAUAAUCUGAUAGAAACAGCGCACAUCAAAAUGCUGAAUAUGAGUUUAAUUUCAAUUGCGCAGGAUAACCCCAAUCACUCAGGCACCCUCGUGGAAAGAAUGAGCCUGAAAAAUCACGAGCCAGCAGCUCGCAGUGAUAUCAAGCUAGGCCCUCGAGUUGCGAGCCUACAAAGCCAUGUAACUGAGAUGGGAAAACCGUUCGAUCAUGGAUUGUACGAGCAAUCACUGGCCAAGAACCCCAGCGCCAAUGGAAGUACCGGUGAGUACGUGCGUGAUCAAGUCACGAAAAGCCAAGAAGUACUGCCAGAGUCAAGAGUAAUGACAGCACAGGAACUUAGAGCUCAAGGAAAUCAUCGAGAAGCUUCAUACCAACUACAAAUAGCUGCUAAUGAGCCCUUCAACUACUCAAAAGCCAUGUAUCUUUACGCUAUUGCGUUGAAGCACGGGCAGGGUGUAAAACAAAAUUACAAUUCAUCUAUAAAGUGGUUGUGCAAGUGUAUUUUGACGACUCAGGUGUCUGAGAAGAAUGACCAACCCCUCCGAGGAUUACUCUCAAAGUUGAACAAGUUAUCACAGCGAGACUUGCUCCAAUUGGUUCUUGCUGAUAUAGAACGUCCUAGAGAUAUAGGAGGGCUCAGAAGCAGUGAAAAUCCUGAGGUGUUUUACAACCACUUCAAAUCCUUCAGCAAGAUAGAGGUGAACAAAAUUAUGGCAAGAAACAAAAGCAAGGCCGAUGUUGUUGCUUUGAGCUAUUUCGAAAUUGGGAUGUACCUUCUACAUGGGAUGGGUGGUGAUUCAAAUCACAAAACAGAUGAAGCCCAUGGAAUUAGUUGUCUUUCGAAAUCAGCUGCAAUGUGCUGUGUAGAAGCAAUGGAGCAAUUGGGUGAAGUGUGGGCUACAAAGACAAAAUUUCGAAAGAAGGAUUUAAGCAAAGCUGCUGCGUGGCUAAGAAGUGCUGAGAUAUUUGGUGCAAAAUCUAUUGGAAAUAGCUGGAUCUAUAAAGAAAAGUAUCUAAAGUCAACUACCAAUUAG